AUGGGAGACCUUAUGAAAAGAAAGUUCAGCAUCUUAGAUUUAACUGGAAAGAAAUUUCUGGAAUGGAAAGUGGAUGCAAUGAUGAAUUUGAAAGCUCAAGGCUUGGAGCAUACCGUUAAAGAAAAUAAAAGUCCCUUUGGUCAAACAACUGAUGCUACCUUUUCUGUAAUGACGGUUGUAAAACCUAUCACUGAACAAGAUAAGGCAAAAGCCUUAGUUUUGUUAAGGUAUCAUUUACAUGAAGGCCUUAAAACUGAGUACAUGAUGGAUUUCAAAUCUGUAAUUGAUUAUAAUUCAACCAUACAUGAGAUAGUGUCUAUAUUGAGAUACUGUGAUCAUCCAAUUACGGAUGAACAUAUGCUUGAAAAAACACUCACUACCUUUCAUGCAAGUAACAUACUGUCACAAGAACAGUAUCGUGAAAGAGGUUUUAAAAAGUUCAAUGAAUUAAUGAGUGUAUUGCUUAUUACGGAACAAAAUAGUGAACUUCUGUUGAAAAAUCAUAACCUGAGACCAACUGGGUCUUUGGCUACUCAUCAUGAGGCAAAUGCAACAAAUUUUUAUCCACCAGAGUCAAAUGCUACACGAAGAGGUGGACGUGGAAAUACAAUGGCCGUGGAAGAGGCCGUGGAAAUAAACGCGGACGCGGCUGUGGUCGUGGUAGACAAAAUUUUCAAAGAAACAGCUUCUAUAAAAGGCAAAGAGAAAAAUGCAGAAGCAUAUUAUGUUAAUGAGGAAAAUUGA